CGUGUGUUUCAGAGUCAGAGAGGUCAGAGGUGUUCAGCCGGACGGUUCCUGCUCUCUCGUCUGUCCAUCAUGAGUUGUUUCAUCAGGCCUCCAGCUUCCCUGAGUGCCGACAGAAAGAGACGCUGCCCACCCUGCAGCUGCGCAUCAUCACGGACACGCCCACCGGCCGCACAGACACGCCCCCCUCACCAGGCUGGACUGACGCCAUCGAUAUCAGUAGUCCUGGAACACAGGUUGUUUUUCUUUCUGGUUUCGGCUGUUUGUACAUCGACGUUCUUCACCAGAGCGGCACCAUCACGCUGACGCUCGCACCAGAGAGCAGCGCUGAAGACAUCAUCACACACCACAGGCCGUCCGAUCAGGUGCUGUCCUUCAAGAUUCUGCUGAACGAGGCGAGCGUGGCGCUCUGUGAUGACAUCACCAGCCCGUCCAGUUCUGUGGAGCUGCUGCGUCUCACCGUCUCCAAACUGCUGCUUCAGCUGCCGCCUGGCGAACCCUCGGCCGUCCACACCGUCCAGAUCCACUGCGCCAGCCUGCAGGUGGACAACCAGCUGUACGAGCGCGCCAGCUUCCACUUCCCCGUCAUCCUGUGCCAGGAGCCUCAGGGCGAGCCCGACCUCGCGCCGACCCCUCAGCGUCUUCAGGAGUUCUGCGACGCCUGCUUCCUGUCCCUGAGCGUCACCGUCUCCACCGACGGACGGCUGGACCGCCUCGCCCUCCGCGUCAGACCGGCGCGCGUCUAUCUGGAGGACACCUUCAUCUACUACAUGAAGACGCUCUUCCACACCUACAUCCCAGAAUGCACCCUGGGUGGGCAAGGCUGUGGCGGAGGGGCGGAGCCUGUGGUCCCGCGGGAGGUGCUGGAGUCCACACACGCUCUGGUGAUGCCGGUGCUGCUGCAGAAGCUGUCCAUCGAGCCGGUUCAUCUGCUGGUGAGCAUCCACGCCUCGCUCAAGCUCUACAUCGCCUCCGACCACACGCCGCUGUCUUUCUCACUGUUCGAGCGCAGCCCCAUCUGCACCACACCGAGACAACUGGUGCACACACUCGCCAUGCACUACGCUGCAGGAGCGCUCUUCAGAGCAGGUUGGGUCGUGGGCUCUCUGGAGAUUCUGGGCAGUCCGGCCAGUCUUGUGCGGAGUAUCGGGAACGGCGUGUCGGAUUUCUUCCGGUUGCCGUACGAGGGUUUGACCCGCGGGCCGGGAGCGUUUAUCAGUGGCGUCUCUAGAGGAACAAACUCCUUCAUCAAACACAUCUCUAAAGGAACUCUGACGUCUAUCACGAAUCUGGCCACGAGUCUGGCGCGGAACAUGGACCGUCUGUCGCUGGACGACGAGCAUUACAUGCGACAGGAGGAGUGGAGGAGACAGUUACCUGAGACUCUGGGAGACGGACUGAGACAAGGCCUGUCGAGACUCGGCAUCAGCCUGCUGGGAGCGAUCGCAGGAAUCGUGGAUCAGCCCAUGCAGACAUUCACUCGGACGCUGGAGUUGCCGAGCUCGGCGAGCAGUGCGGCCCGAGGCGUGAUCUCAGGAGUGGGGAAAGGCAUUGUGGGAGUUUUCACCAAGCCAAUCGGAGGAGCAGCUGAGCUGGUGUCGCAGACGGGAUACGGUAAGAGACCAUUCAUGUAGACGAGCGCAGGAGAGUGUGUUUAUGGAAGGCCAAAAGGGCCAAAAGCACAUGAAUUUUAACAUAACACGUUAAAUACACGUACAUGUUGUUUGCGCGUGAAAAAUCAGCGUGUUAAAUACACGGAUUCAACACAUGUAUAACGUGUUAAAUAUGUGUGAAACACACGUUAAAAAUCAGUUUGAACGGGUCAGUGUCAUUGGCUGCUGAAGACUUGGGUCAAACCAUGUCUGUGAGUUUAGGGGGGUGUACAUUCAUAGAUUAG